AUGUUAUUAGGAGAAGAGAAUUAUGAAAUUCAAGGCUUUACCUUAAAGUUCAACUUGAAGAACGAUGGUCAUCCAUCCGCUGACAUUGACCAUUCAUCAACUCUAAAAAACCCUAGUACCUCAAACAGAGUUACAGAGAAUGGUGUCCGGCUCGGGAAUCUGCGCGCGGGCCGUCUGGCUUCUAUCUUGGCGAAGGAACUCCUUAACGGCCAGAAAGUGGUGGUGGUACGCUGCGAAGAGAUUGCCCUCUCCGGUGGCCUCGUUCGCCAGAAAAUGAAGUACCUCCGCUUCCUCCGCAAGCGUAUGAAUACGAAGCCCUCUCAUGGUCCUAUUCACUUUCGCGCUCCUGCUAAAAUCCUCUGGCGCACCAUUCGAGGACGAAGAGAGGGGGCAGCGGCGCUGGCGAGGUUGAAGGCGUACGACGGUGUUCCACCUCCAUACGAUAAGAUGAAGAGGAUGGUCAUUCCCGAUGCUCCCAAGGUUUUGAGGCUUCAGGCUGGGCACAAGUACUGUUUGUUGGGGCGGCUGUCGAGCGAGGUUGGGUGGAACCACUAUGACACCAUUAAGGAGCUAGAAAAUAAGAGGAAAGAGAGGGCCCAGGUGGCAUAUGAUAGGAAGAAGCAGCUGACUAGACUAAGAGUCAAGGCUGAGAAGCCGCAGAGGAGAAACUUGGCUCCCAGCUAG